CUCUCUCUCUUUCCUUCUCCUCCGUUCUCAUCUCAUCAAACCCUAAUACCCAUUUCCAGACCUUAUCGUGUUUGGCGAACAUGGGUAACAAGGAGAAUCGCAUUUAUGUUACCCUUGUUGCGAUGAAGAGAGCCGCUUCUUCGAUACCCGAGACUCCCGCAACUUCCUGUUACGAAGAAGCGAGCCAUCUUGGGAGAGCUAUAUAACUUGCAGUCCAUUGUUGUCUCCAAUCAGACUGCGAUUCUUGAGCCUCACAAGAAGGCCACUUCUUCCAUGCCCAAAAUGAGAAUCCUGGAAUCAGGAGGGAGAGCCAUAUCCCUUGAGGAGGUUGCAAAGGUUGGAGGCUACAACGCGUUCUUGCAAAGCUCCUUACCAGACCGAUUACGUGCUUAUGAUCCAUCUACUGAGACAUCUGAGUCAUCCCAUCACGCAUUCGGAACAGCAUUUCCUCGUGGAUUUGCCUUGGAAAUCCUUCAGGUGUUUUCAUGUCCUCCGGUGGUUGCCUAUAAGUUCAGACAUUGGGGUUAUAUGGAGGGUCCUUUCAAAGGCCAUGCUCCAACUGGGGAGAGAGUUGAAUUGUAUGGAGUAAGCAUCGUUGAGGUUGGCGAAUCCAUGCGAAUUGAGAAGCCGGAGUUCAUCUAUGAUGCCGUGGAAUUGCUUGCUGGACUUCUUAAGGGUCCUGUUUUGAAGGAAUUUGAAUCUGACACCUCACCAAAAUCAUCUCUCCAUUGCCCUUUCUUGAAAGAGGUGUAGGAGUUUGUCAUUAGGAGUUGAACUAUGUAUGAUUAUCCUGUUCCUAUGCGACAUUUUACUGAAAUUCCCUUAAAUUUGGCUAUGAGAUAGGAAAUGAAAACUGUUGGCGCUACAAGUGACACAUGAAUAUAUUAUGAAUAAUGAGUAAGGAGUGUUGGCAUCAACAA